UUUUGGGAAAAUUCUAUAUAAUUAGUAUUAUUAUGUAAAUGGGGUCUCUUGAAAAUGGAAUGUUGCCAUUAAAAAGAGAUGCUUUACUAAAAUCAUUGAAUUCAAGGAAUGAAAGAAAUAAUUCAUUUGGGCAAAGAAAUAAAAAGUCAAGAUUUGCAAGAUUUAUGGUCUUGAAAAAGCUUGAUUACUUACAAUGGAUUUGUGGAGUGGCUGUUUUUAUAUUUUUUAUGUUUGUUUUUCAAAUGUUUUUGCCUGUUGAAAAAGCUGAUUUCUUGGAGCAAAAAGAUGAUAACUUUGAUAUGGAUAUGAUGAAAUUCUUUCAAGAUUUUGGUGGUUUGGAUUUUGGUGAAGGUGUUAAGUUUGAGCCUACUAAGCUCUUGCUUAAGUUCCAAAAAGAAUAUAAAAAUGCUGAAAAUUUGGCUUUUGGAGAUUCUAUAAAACUAGUGAGAUUUGGGCUUAGAAAUCCCAAAUUGGCUUUUGUAUUUGCAGAUCUGUUAGUUGAUCCACAGCAAGUAUUGAUGGUCAGUGUUGCAUCUGCUUUGAGAGCAAUUGGCUAUGAAAUUGAGGUUUACUCUCUUGAAGAUGGUCCUGUGCAUGCUGUGUGGAAAAAUGUUGGAGUUACAGUCAACAUUGUUGAAGCUAAUGGUGAUUCAAAGAUUAUAAUUGACUGGCUAAACUAUGAUGCCGUACUUGUUAAUUCUCUUGAGGCAAAAGAUGCCAUUUCAGGCCUUUUGCAGGAACCCUUUAAAUCCUUGCCUCUUAUAUGGACCCUUCAUGAAAGAACACUUGCUACCCGCUUCAAAGAUUACGUUUCAAAUGAUCAAAUUCAACUGAUUAAUGAUUGGAAAUCUGUCUUUAAUCGAGCUACAGUUGUUGUUUUCCCCAAUCAUGCCCUUCCGAUGUAUUAUGCUGCGUUUGAUGCUGGAAACUACUUUGUUAUACCUGGAUCUCCUUCUGGGGCAUGCAAAUUAGAUAACUCGCCAACCAUUCAUGAAGAAAGUCGGCGUGUAAAUAUGAAUUAUGCGGAUCAUGAUUUUGUUAUAGCUAUAACUGGAAGUCAGUUUCUUUAUAAAGGAUUAUGGGUGGAGCAUGCACUCGUUUUAAAGGCUUUAUUUCCACUUUUAGCAGAGUUUCCGGUUGAGGACAGUUCGAGUCCUCGUUUAAGGAUCAUCAUCUUGAGCCAAGACUUGACGGGUAAUUACAGUGCCGCCCUUGAGGAAAUUGCUUCAAACCUGAACUACCCAAGUGGUACCGUAAAUCAUGCUGUCAUCAAUGAAGACAUGUAUGAUGUUUUAAGUAUCACAGAUGUUGUGAUAUACGGGUCGUUUCUAGAAGAACAGUCUUUCCCCGACAUCGUAUUGAAAGCAAUGUGCUUUGAAAAACCAGUAAUUGCUCCUGACCUAUCAAUAAUCAAGAAACAUGUUGAUGAUAAGGUCAACGGCUACCUAUUUCCCAAAGAGAACAUAAAGGCUUUAACACAAAUUAUGUUGCAGUUGAUCUCUAAAGGAAGAUUAUCAUCUCUAGCUCACAAUGUAGCUUUAAAAGGAAAACAUACUGCAAAAACCUUGAUGGUUUUGGAAUCCAUUGAAGGUUAUGCUUCCUUAAUUGAAAAUGUUCUCAACCUUCCUUCUGAAGUUGCAUCUCCAAAAGCAAUAUCGGAAAUCCCUUUGAAUAUCAAAACCGAGUGGCAGUGGCAGUUUUUUGAAGCUAUUGCAGAUCAUAAAUUUGUAAAUAGAACUUCGAGGAUUUACAGUUUCUUAAACAAAGUUGAAGAUAGGUGGAAUCGUACUCUAAAAGAGAUUUCUGCUCCUGUUGUGGCCGAUGAUACAUUUUUGUACAGUAUAUGGGAAGAAGAAAAAAGCAUUCAGACAGCAAUGACUAAAAAGAAAAGAGAAGAUGGAGAGUUGAGGGACAGAAGUGAGCAACCGAGAGGGACAUGGGAGGAAGUAUAUCGAAGUGCGAAGAGAGCUGACCGGAGUAGAAAUGAUUUGCAUGAGAGGGAUGAUGGUGAGCUUGAAAGGACGGGUCAACCAUUAUGCAUCUAUGAACCAUACUUUGGUCAAGGUGCUUGGCCUUUUCUACAUCAUAGUUCACUUUAUCGAGGUCUUGGACUGUCAACAAAAGGUCGUAGAUCAAGAACAGAUGACAUUGAUGCACCCUCUCGUCUUCCUCUGCUAAGCACACCUUAUUACCGUGAUGCUCUUGGUGACUUUGGAGCCUUUUUUGCAAUUGCUAACCGUAUCGACCGCAUACACAAGAAUGCUUGGAUCGGGUUUUCAUCAUGGAGAGCGACAGCUAAGAAGACUUCUUUGUCAAAAGCUGCCGAGGCUGCUUUGUUAGAUGACAUUCAAGCACGCAGGCAUGGUGAUGCUAUGUAUUUCUGGGUUCAAAUGGAUAAGGAUCCAAGGAACCCUAUGCAACAAGAUUUUUGGACAUUUUGUGAUGCCAUAAACGCCGGUAAUUGCAGGUUUGCGUUCUCUAAUGCUCUCGAGAAAAUGUAUGGGUUGAAGGAAAACUCGACGUCUCUUCCUCCAAUGCCUGCAGAUGGAGAUUCAUGGUCUGUCAUGCAUAGCUGGUCUAUGCCAACCAAGUCUUUCCUAGAGUUUGUGAUGUUCUCAAGAAUGUUUGUGGACGCAUUGGAUGCACAAGUAUACGAUGAGCACCACCAAAGUGGUCUCUGCUACCUAAGUUUAUCUAAGGACAAGCAUUGCUACUCACGUGUUCUUGAGCUUCUUGUAAACGUUUGGGCAUACCACAGUGCAAGACGAAUGGUGUACAUUGACCCUACAACCGGAACAAUCCAAGAACAACACGAUUUCAAGAGUCGAAGAGGUAAAAUGUGGAUCAAAUGGUUCAAUUACAACACGCUAAAAGCCAUGGAUGAAGAUCUUGCUGAAGAAGCUGACUCAGACCACCCUAAACAACGGUGGUUAUGGCCUUCAACCGGUGAGGUCUUCUGGCAAGGAAUGUAUGAGAAAGAAAGGAGUCAAAUGAGACGACAAAAAGAGAAACGAAAGCAGAAAAGUAAAGACAAGAUUCAGAGGAUCAGAAAUCGGACUCACCAAAAGGUUUUAGGGAAAUAUGUGAAACCGCCACCUGAUAACGAAACGGUAAAUAACUCGGACCCCAUUGCAGAAGCAACAAAGCUUGUUAGAUAGCAGAUACUUUUUUGGGUAGAAAUUGUAGUGUCAUUGGGUCAAUUCUUUGUGAAAAUAUAGAAUCUCUUCAGGCUUUUUUUGAUAAAGAAAGAAAAAAAGAAAAAAAGUUUUGCUGUUAUGUAAUAGAGGUAAGGUAAUCCAAUGUAUCUGUAUGUAAUAUUACAUCUAGUCUUAGAUGGUGCUCAAACGUUAGUGCAUUUACCUUAAAUGUAUACUAAAUGUGCUGUAAUUACUUAUGAUUCCUGCUUUUGUAACAAAGCUUAUACCCUGCAUUAAAUGUUUGGGUUUAGAUA